AUGUCCGGAGUUAUCGAUAAGACAAAGGAAGCCGUGAGCAACGCUGCUGAGGCGGUGAAAGACAAAUACCAUGGUUUGACUGGUCAAAAGGAAGAGCACAAGGCGGAGGCCAAAGAGCAAGCCGGCGCCGCGUGGGAGCAAGCUAAGGACAAGAUGGGGGCAACAAAGGACAAAGCCUGCGACAAGAGUUGCAACAAGACCGAAGAAGCAAAGGAUUUCACGGCUCAGAAGUUGCACCAAGCCGGCCGUAAUGUUCAGGCGCAC